AUGAAUGUGAUAAGAGAGAUAAACAAUCUAAACAAGAGAGAGUUGGAUAAGAAUGUCAGUGACAAUGCAUCUUGGCACGCUGACUAUGCUCACAGUCCUUGGAUAUUCGUCGGUGGUCUGCCCUACGAAAUGAACGAGGGUGAUAUCAUUGCAUUGAUCAGUCAGUAUGGAGAGGUGGAGGAGUGCAAUCUAGUCAGGAACAAAGAGACGGGCAAGUCAAAUGGUUUCGCCUUUAUCAAGUACGAGGAUCAGAGGAGCACCGUAUUGGCCGUGGACAACUUUAGUGGUGUCAAGAUACUGGACAGGUUGAUCAAGGUCGAUCAUGUAAAGGAUUAUAGAAAGCCAAAGAAGCGUGAAGGUGAUGAUGACGAUGAUGAUGAUGAUAACUCCAACAACAAGAAUGAUAAUAGUGAUGAGAGCAGCAGUGACUCGGACCAUGAAGAUAAAGAGACUAGACGUGAAAGAAAGAGAAAGAGAAAGGCAGAGAAACGUAUCAAGAAGGAGGAGAAACGUGCCAGAAAGGCUGAACAGAGAAAGAAUGAGACACCAGAACAAAGAGCCACAAGGAAAGCAGAGAAGAAGAAGAUAGAAAAGAUGGAGAUGAAGGAUCAAUCCCAACUGCUGCAUCAUCAACACCAUCCAAUCAUAGCAGCAACAACAAAGAUGGAUGAUGUUAUUCAGGAGAAGAACAAUGGUACCACUACAAAGGAGGAGCAGAGAAACAAAGAAAGAGAGGUAGUUGAUAAUAGACAUCCAGAAGUGGACAGGAGAAAUGAGCCAGAAGACAAAUCCAAACUCAAGGACAAUGAGAGAUCAAAUGAAAGAAGAGACGAUAGAUACAGAGAUGUAUAUCGUGAUGAUGAUGGUAGAGACAAUAGGGACAAAGAUAGAGACAGAUAUAGAAGUGGUGAUAGGUAUUAUGAUGAUAGAGAAAGAGAUAGAGAUAGAUAUCGCGAUGAUGGCGGUAGAGACUACAGAGACAGAGACAGAUAUGAUGAUAGGCGUAGAGAUAAUGAUCGAUACAAUGACCGUCAUAGGUCUAGUUAUAGUAGUAGUGGUAGUAGUAGUAGCAGUAAUCGCCAAUAUAAUAAAUAA